UGGAUGCGGCGCAAGCAAACUGAGGAAUUUGAAAAAUGCGCGAACAAAGAGAACAAAGUGCAUAGGGCACUGGCGGAAACAGAAAAUAUGGAUCAAAGCGGCAAUAGGACGAAGACAAUCAAAUUAGAAAGAACUUGCAUCGUUCUAAUUGAGCCGUUGCAGUUGAACAACCAUUUACCGCUCACCGCCGAGAAUUCGGUACUGACAAAGGUUGAAAAGCAACCUGUUCCAAUUACUCCCCAUCAGUUGAAGGCUGCCCAGCGGUUGUCACUCUUCAAUUUAAUCCAAGACUACGAUGGGACUGACCCAGACGACUUUCUUGCAUAUUGCACUAAGCAGAUGGAACACAAAACUUGUGCAAACGUUCAGCUUCUCACUGUCGAGCAAGCGGACACCGAUCUUUGGCAUGAACUACGCAAAGGUCGCAUCACUGCCUCACGCAUGUACGAAGCAUCCCGUUGCACGAUGCUAAACGGAUCGCUGACGAACAAGGUGAUGGGUGUAUCCUCCGGAUUUUCCUUCGCCAUGAAACGAGGCACGGACCUAGAGGGGCACGUUUUGGUGGAACUGCAGAAGGAGUUCCCGUCUCUGCGUAGCAUUGGGCUCAUACUCGAUCCAAACCAUCCGUGGAUGGGUGCGUCGCCAGACGGCAUCAGCGACGAUUUUGUGCUUGAAAUUAAAUGCCCGUAUACGGCAAAGACUCGCGCUUGUUAUGUGGACGUGAGCAAAUUAUCGAAAAAGUAUUUUGCCCAAAUUCAGCUUCAGAUGCAUAUGACGCGCAAGACGAAAGCGCUUCUUGGGGUAGCGGCGCUGGAUUUCGAGAGAACAAGAAACGUGACUAAAGUUUGGAUUGACUACGAUAAGUCGUACGUCGAAGCCAUCAUGGCCGAAUCGUACGAAUUUUGGUCUAAAGCAGUGUUUAAGGCGUUGCAGAAAAAGCGAAAAAAUAAUAAAUAA